AUGUUGGUUUUAUUAACACUGACAGUGAAUGGAACUAGUAGUAAAUUUCUUGUGAAAAUGCUUGGACUGGAUAAAGGAACACCUGAAAGUCAAACAGUACGUUCUCAGGCAUUGAAACAUAUGAAAAGUCAAACAUCUGCCCAGAUCAAGAAAAUGAAAGAUGAUAUUAACUUUGCCAAUGUGAACUGGAAAGUACUUUAUGAUUAUUUACCUGAAAUUUUAAUUGAAGAAGCUGAUGAUGAACAUAACAGGAAUGUUCAUCCACAAAUCACAGUCAAUUCUCGACAGAUCUCAUUUGAUCCUAUCCCAAAAUCGCUUUCUGCUUCGUCGAAUCAAUUAAACAAUGACCAAUACUCCGAUCUAAUUUCCACAAACAGUAUUUUUCAAUUAGAUCUAGAGAUUGCAUCCAAAGAUCGAUAUUUACUGGAGCCAUUCGUUCAACCGCGAAGUACAACAGAUUUGAAUACGGAUGAUUAUCAAAUCAAUAUGCGAAAUGAAAUCAUCAAACGCUUUCUUACAGCUAUGGCUGUGGAUUACGAAAAACAAUGGUACUUGGGAAUGAUUCGACGACGAACUCUCAAAGUGUUAAUCGAAACUGUCGAACAAGCGAAGACAAAGAUCUCAUUGAAACGGCAUUGGCAAUUACUUGUCGGUCAUUUUCAUAUGCCCUUGUGGUUAAAAUUUUUAAUCAAAUUCGAUAAGAUUGUCUGGCUGAAUCGACAAACGGAAAAGUCUCUAUUCGAACAUUUGAUACUCACUAUUGAAUUAGCUUUAGCCUUUCACUCAGCAACAUCACGAUUAGAACAUAUGCUGUUGAAAAUCCCUGAAUUUACCAAUAUCGAUAAUCAUAUCAUAAGCAACGUUCUGAAUGAUGCGAAGAAACUACAAGUUCGUGCAUCACUCGUUCUCCAAGAUUUGCAAUAUUCAUACAAGAAAUGUUGGACAGUUGAAAUGACGAAACGAUGUGCUCAAAUGCUUUUAAAAUACGAGUCUGUUGCCAUCAUUCAAUUAUACGAAACGGGAAUGUUAAAUGAAAUGGAAUACACACAUAUUCUUCAAUUAAUUCAAAAGAAGUUGUUCCAUUUAGAAUACGGUCACAUCAUGAGUAUACCGGAGACUGAUUUCCAUUUAGAACAAGACAAUCAAUUCAAUAAUUUGCAAUUAUUUUUCGAUUUAUCUGAAGAUGAAAAGUAUCAGUUGAAGCAGCUGUUAAAAUCGCGAAGGAAACUGUUUCAACCAGGCGAGCUUCUCCUUCGACAAGGUCAUAUUACAUCGGAAGCGUACUUAAUCGUGCGAGGUAUCGUCGAAUGUUCCGAAGAUCUAUUAACAUGUUAUCGAUCAGGUCACAUCAUUGGCGUUGAUUCCUUGUUUGAUAAGAGUUCUUCGACAUCGAAUCGAACGUAUCGAGCUGGAAGUAGCAUCGUUGAAACAUUCGCUAUCGAUCAAUCGUUGCUGGAUAUAUUUUUAUCAAAUCCGAACACACUUCAGUUAAUCUACAAUGAAAUCGCUCUUCAUAUGUUGAUUAGCAUGUAUCAAUAUCCGAUACAUUUGUUAAAUUAUGCACAAAUCAAAGUUCUUUUGGACGAAUAUGCUCUUUUCUAUCGAACUGAAACUGAACAAGAUGUGCUGAGUAUUCAACUAAAACGCAACGAACGAUUGUUUAUUUUAACUGGUACAAUUCAAAGAGAAGAUGAUGAUUAUUUUAUAGAUGGCCCACAAUUAGUCACUGUUAAUCAAGCGACAACAUUUCAUUGCAAUUCGAAUAAAUCGUGUGUCGUAUAUACGUGGACAUUGGAUAAUGAACAAGAAUGUUUACAAAUUGUACGAUCGUUUACGACGACUUAUCGUUUAUCGGAUUCACCCGAUGAGAAAGCUGAUGCAAAUGUUGUUUAUCCAUCGUUUUCAGAUAAUCCAACAGGAUUCAUACAGCAGAAUCAUUCGUUAGUACAGUUUGCACGAUCGGCGACUCAUACAAGUAAUUUUGAAUUGAUUCCCUUGGAAUCAAUGGAUCGAUACUAUGAAAGAACAUAG